CAAACAAUAGCAACGGAGGAAGCUAACUGCUGCUUUUUGUCUUUCGAUCAGACUGCUUUUGUUUGUUAGUGAACAUUUUUUUUGCACAUUUUUGUCACCAUUUACAAAAAACCUCAGUACAUACCUUCCUUCUAUCCAGACUAACGAUGCGGCCUAGGAUCGCUGCCCUCUGGGCGACAGCCUUGUUGAUGGGACUGAAGCUAAGUGCUUCAUCCCCUGACAGCAUCGUGGACCGCUCAUCCAAAAACCUCUCCUCUGUCCCAAGAGACCUUCCGCAGACAGCUGAGCUUGUAGACCUUUCAUGCAACCACAUACAGCAUCUUCACCAGGGAGACUUCAAAAACACCACCCUCCUGAGAUUCCUCAACGUUUCGUGGAAUAAUUUGGAGGACAUCGAUCCAGAGACAUUCCUCGACACGCCACUUCUGGAGGAUUUAGACCUGUCACACAACAGACUGAGGAACCUGUCGGGUCAGUGCUACCUGCUCCACACAGAGAACCUUCUGGUGCUAAAUUUAGUCUGCAACAACUUUCUUACAAUGACACUAGGCCGUGAGUUCAGAUCCUUGGUGAAACUGCAGAGAUUAGCUCUUGGAGCACAAAACAUCAGUACCGGUGAUUUCAUGAAUAUUGCUGAGGUGAAACUGCACACACUCACCCUUUCCCUGGAGAAAGAACAGGGUUAUACAGCAGGCAGUCUGCAGGAUAUUCAUGCUGAAAGGCUUCAGAUAGCCUUUGCUAGUUAUAAAAUAUUGAACCACGAUCUGAUUUCUGAUGCACUGUCACUCUUUGUUGAAGUGGAGUUGAUGGAUUUAACUGGAGGCUACAAAGACCUGAGUGAGCAGUUGAGACAGAGAGUAGAAACCCUCACAUCUCAACUUUAUCUCACCAACAUAUCAAUCGACUGGAUAGACUUGACUGAAUUUAUAGGUGUGGUCCUGCAUACAUCAGUCACCCACCUGGAGGCCUCUGAUGUGGCCUUGUACAAGUUGCCUUCUAAGGAAACUGAAGUGACCCCCCAGACAUCUAAAAUGAAGUCCUUCAUAGCCAGAAGGGCGGUGGUGAAGUCUUUUAUCUUUUCACAGGCAGCUGUUUACAACUUUUUUAUGAACUUGCCCGUGGAGAAUUUAGCAAUCCUUGAGACAUCAAUCAUACACAUGACAUGCCCAAAGUUGCCCAGUCCUAUCGUCCAGCUAGACUUCUCCAAUUGUGCCCUAUCUGACUCCAUCUUCUCCAGAGUGGAAGGUCAAGAAAGUGUUGAAUGUGAGAAUCUGGUUAAUGUGAGGAAAUUGAUUUUGGUAGGCAACAAUUUCAGGAGCCUUCAGAUCCUGAGCAAACGGAUGCAAUUCAUGAAGUCACUGCAACAUCUGGACCUCAGCGUCAACUCCCUGGUUUAUGAUGGUCUCGGAGAAUGUGUCUGGCCUCCAAACAUCACCAAUAUGACUCUGUCUUCUAAUAGUCUGACAGCUUCCGUUUUUAAAUGUCUACCAAAAGGAACAGAGGCACUGGACCUCCAGAACAACCAGGUUUCUGUGAUACCAUCGCACAUCUUAAAACUGGAAAACCUUUCAUCUCUGAAUCUAAAUGCGAACAGGCUGCGAGACCUCCCAGUAUGUAACGGCUUCCCCAUUCUGAAUGAGCUUCUGCUAAAGUCAAAUUCCCUCCAUGCACCUUCUGUGAACAAGCUGGAAAGCUGCCCGAAUCUGAAAACCCUGGAUGUCAGUCACAACCCCUUCACCUGCACCUGCGCUCUGAGGAGUUUCAUAAGUCUUGGCAUGAAGUCUGAAAAGAAGAAAUGUCCCGACGGAAUUGAAUUGUUGAGAUGGCCAUUGGACUAUUACUGCACCUACCCGGAGGCCGUUAGAGGCGACACCUUGAAAGACAUCUCCAUCCCAGAGGUCUCUUGUAACAUCGGCCUCCUUGCUACCACCAUCUUGUGCCCAGCAGUGGUACUGAUUAUCACAGUUGUGACCAUGUGCCAUUGUUUGGAUGUCCCCUGGUAUAUGGGCAUGAUCUGGCAGUGGACCAGAGCCAAACAUCGCGCCAGAAUGUUUCAAGUUCGACCUGAAGAUCUGGUGGGAGUUGAGUUUCAUGCUUUUGUGUCCUACAGCCAGCAUGACGCAGACUGGGUGCAGAAUUUCCUCCUUCCAAACCUUGAAGGCGACACGGGAGGGCUCCGAAUCUGUCACCAUGAGAAAAACUUUGUGCCGGGAAAGACAAUCGUUGAGAACAUCAUCGCCUGUGUGGAGAAGAGCCGACGCUCCGUGUUUGUUCUCUCUGCUCACUUCGUCAAGAGCGAGUGGUGCCAUUAUGAGCUGUACUUUGCCAGCCACCAACGCCUUGCUUGGGGCACGGACAGUGUUGUCCUGGUACUGCUCGAGCCUCUGCCUCAAUACCUGAUCCCAUCCAAGUACUACCAACUGAAGUCCAUGAUGGGCCGGCACACGUACUUGGAGUGGCCUCAGGACAGGGCCAAGCACAGGCUGUUCUGGGCUAAUCUCAGGGCUGCACUACAGGCAGACCUGCCACAUGCACCAGUGACAGAACUAGAGGCGUGAGUUUGUAAGGCAGACUUAAAGAGGAAAUGGAAGUGUGAAGAGGAUGUGUAAUCGGGACUGAAGUGAGAGUUUUAUAAGAGGAAACACAGAAGGAGUAAAAAUGUGGGUGCUCUUGAGCAGAAAAGAAGUGUUAACAUUUUCUACUAUUGUUUCUUAAACACAAAGGCAUACUUUGAGUUACAGUGUCUAAUUUUCAUUGUUGUACUUCGAGCCGAAGAUAAAUGACUUUUUGUAAACUAAAAAUCAUUUGGCAAUUCUUUGAACCAUUUAGAGGACAUUUAAUGGAAACAUUUAUAUAAACCAACACUUCAAGUUUGUAACAAAAACAAUAAACUUGAUAAAGAAUA